UGCGGGCUCCGUGUGGGGGCAUGAUGAGUUUUGUUUUCAUCAGCCACUGACUCCCAGGCGAGUUGAGUCUGAUGUGUGUGUGUUAAGCGCUGCUCUGCACUCUGCCUGGGCCCCUUUUCCGGUAGUUGAACAUGGCUACAGCCAUCGCCAGACACAAGCACUUCACUCACGACUAUCACAGUAAGCAGUCGAGAUAUGUGGUCAAGGAAUACUCCAGCUCCGAAGUCGAAGAAGUGAGAUAUGAAUAUAAAACGGAGAAGAAUGUCCGGAAUGUGGUGCAGAGGAAGAUUCCAGAAAAGUACGUCCGUGAAUCAUCCAUGAUCAGGGGCCCCAAGUUCCUGGUGAGGCUCAGAUCACACACGGUGUUUGAAAACACUCCUGUGAAGCUGUUCUGCACCGUGGAAGGCUACCCCACCCCACAGGUUAAAUGGUUCAAGGAUGACGUCAUGAUCGACAUUUCUUCCGGAAAAUACUUUGUGGAAAGCAGCGCUGGAAUUCACUGCCUGAACAUCAUCAAAAGUGCGAUUGAUGACACUGCUCAGUACACGGCCGUUGCCGUUAACACUCACGGCCAGGCCUCCUCUCAGGCUGCAGUGAUUGUCAAGAGGAGCAAAGAUGAAGAGAAAAUCUGCCCCUUUUCUUGGAUGCCUUAUGAUUAUGCAAUUUUACCUGAGAUUAAAUAUACAAAGAUCAACAUCACUUUUCUGGAGACGUUCGAUGUGGUGUUUGGUAAAGAGGAAGACUGUGUGACUCUGUCCUGUAAGAUGACUAUAAGCCCCAAUCUUGCCAAUUUGCAGCCUGAAGCCCAGUGGUACAGAGACGAGGACCGCCUGAAGGAGUCGAAGUGGGUGAAAAUGGAGUCUGGGGGAGGCGUUGCGAAGCUCACACUGACUCACCUUGCCAAAGAUGAUGAGGGUCUUUAUACCCUGCGCAUGGUGACCAAAGGAGGAGACGCAGUGCACAAGGCUUAUGUCUAUGUCGAAGAUGGUCCCCCUCCAGUUCCUCAGGCCCCUGGAGCCCCCAUGGACAUUAAGAUCCAUGACGCUAACAGGGAUUAUGUCAUUGUGUCCUGGAAGCCUCCCAACACGACCACUGAGGGUCCCAUCAUCGGAUACUUUGUUGAUAGAUGUGAGGUCGGCACAGAGGACUGGGUACAGUGUAAUGACUCUCCCAUUAAGAUCUGUAAAUACCCCGUGUCCGGCCUGUUCGAGGGUCACUCCUAUUACUUCCGUGUGCGUGCUGUUAACGCACGUGGCAUCAGCAGACCUUCCAGAAUGUCUGAAGCUAUCGCUGCAGUGGAUCCUACUGAGUUUGAGAGACUUCAUGCUACAAGGCUCGGUGGAAAACUUGACGUUGUUACCUAUCUUGAUGACCUUGAAGCUGAGGGAGUAGCUCCUGGAGCUCCAUCCAAUGUCUACGCCUCUGAGACUGAUCGAACAUAUGUCGUGCUCAGCUGGUCCCCCCCGGAGUACCGUGACAGGGCCCCUAUGUGGUACUACAUUGAGAAGACUCUGGUUGGCAGUAACUCCUGGCAGAGGGUGAACACUCAAGUGCCAGUCCGUUCACCACGCUACGCCGUCUUCAACCUGGCUGAAGGGAAGGAGUACCUGUUCCGCAUAAUCUCAGCCAACAUGUACGGCACCAGUGAGCCCUCCAAACCCACCAUACCCAUCAAAACCCAAGAACUGCGUGGUGUUCCUUCGGCUCCUGGACAGGUUGUGGCCACAAGAGAAACCAAUACAUCUGUUCUGAUCCAGUGGGCCCCUCCAAAGGAACCCAAUAACCUCAUUGGCUAUUAUAUCGACUUGUGUGUUAAAGGAUCAAAAGACUGGGUCUCUGCCAACCACAAGCUGCACAAGAAGACAGAGUUUGUCGUUCAUGGACUCAAAACAGGUGAGACGUAUGUGUUUCGCGUGCAGGCCAUCAACGAGCUGGGCCUCAGUGAGGAGUCACAGGAAUCAGCGCCGCUGUCUGUCAGAGCUGCUCUCAAGCUCCCCUCGGCUCCCUAUGACAUCGCGCUCCUCUACUGCGAUGGCCAAUCCAUGAUGCUCAACUGGAAGCGUCCUGUCCACUCUGGGGGUGCUGAGGUCACCGACUAUUACAUCGACAAGUGUAAUGUAGCCAAGAAACAAUGGCACGAGGUCAACGUCUCACCCAUUAAGGAGAGGCUGUACAAGGUUCCAAAUCUGACUCUUGGUUCAGUGUAUCAGUUCAGGGUUUAUGGUGCUAAUCUAAUCGGUUUGGGUGAUACUUCUGCUGUUAGUGCUCCAUUCACAUGCGAGGCAUGGAACAUGCCUGAGCCAGGUCCAGCCUAUGACCUGAGCACCACUGAAAUCAGAGAUGACUCUCUGGUGGUGGAGUGGAAGGCUCCUGUUUAUAGCGGUGCCAGCACCAUCACUGGUUACUAUGUGGACAUGUGCAAGAUAGGGACUGAUAUCUGGACCACUGCUAAUGCCAGUGCUGUGAGCCACUGCUACCUGAAGGUAAAGGACUUGGAGAUGGGUUCUACCUACAAGUUCCGCGUGCGUGCCGAGAACGCCCAUGGAAUUGGAAAUGCUUCAAUAACCUCUGACCCAGCGUGUGCCAAGGCACUUCCAGGUGCUAAGGAAAUGAAGUGUGGCGUGGACAAGCAGACCGGGGAUAUUUACCUGUCUUUCGAGAGCUGUCAGAUGACAGAGAAAUCCCACUUUGUGUGGAAGAAGUCCUAUCAAGAAAUCACGGAUUUCUCUAAAGGAAUUUCAAUUAAAACAUCAGGCAGCUGCUCGACUUUGUUGUUCAAGAACCCAGACAAAGAGGAUGUAGGCACUUACUCCGUUUCUGUCACCAACACUGAUGGAUCUUCAGCCAGUUACACAAUCUCAUCAGAAGAGCUUACGAAAAUGCUGGCACUCAGCCAUGACAUCCGCCAUCCAAUUAUUCCUCUGAAGACCGAGCUUGCGUACAAGAUUUUGGAGAGAGGUCGUGUGCGCUUUUGGCUGCAAGCUGAGAACAUCUCCUCUGCUGUGACCUACAAAUUCUUUGCCAAUAACAAGGAGCUUGUCAACUGCGAGCAAACUAAAAUGACACAUGAUGUAGCCACGGGCAUUAUUGAGAUGGUGCUGGAUCACUUCACUGAGGACCACGAGGGGACAUACGCCGUGCAGAUUCAGGACGGAACAGGAAAGGCUCAGUCCUCUCUGGUGCUAAUCGGAAAUGCUUUCAAGGCAGCUCUGGCUGAGGCAGAAUAUCAGAGGAGGGAGUACAUCCGUGUGAAAGAGGGACCUCAUUUUAGCCAGUUCCUGUCUGUUCAUGUUGGGGAAGAUGCCAGCGUCAGCCUCAUCUGCAAGGUAGCCAAUCUGAAGAAAGAUUCUGCAUUCCACUGGUUUAAAAACGAUGUGGAGUUGAUACCUGAUGUGCCUGCUGACCUGAGUUCUGGAGUCUGCAAACUCCCGCUGUCUGUGUUCUCCAAGAAGGACGUGGGUGUGUACAAAGCAACGAUCAGUGAUGACCGAGGACAAGACGAGUCUCAGGUUGAUAUUUCGGGGAAAGUCUUUGACAACAUCAUUAACGAUCUCUCCCGUAUUGCGGGGUCCAGCGCAUCCGAGUUGGUGAUCCAGUGCACUGCUGAGGGCAUCAUGCUGCAGUGCCACAUGAAAUAUUACACAGAGGAAAUGAAGAUCCACUGGAUGCAGAAGGCAACUAAAAUCACUGCCUCUGAAAGGAUGCGUGUUGGUGGCACUCCAGCCAUGGCCAGUCUGGAGAUAGUCGAACCCAUUGAAAAGGACAAAGGAUUAUAUACCUUUGUGCUGACAGACAGUGAGAAGACGUACACUCGCACCCUUGAACUGUCUGGACAAGUCUAUGAUAAUGCCUAUGCAGAGUUCCAGAGACUCAAAGCGGAAGCAUAUGCUGAAAAGAAUCGUGGCAAAGUCGUUGGCGGUCUGCCUGAUGUUGCAACCAUCAUGGAGAAGAAGACCCUGAGUCUGACCUGCACAGUGUGUGGUGACCCAAAACCACAGAUCACCUGGUUCAAGAAUGACCAGGAGGUGGAGCCUGGUGACCAGUAUGUGAUCGCGCUGGACUCUGGCAAGUUUGCCAGCCUCACCAUCAAGGGUGUGACUCUAGAUGACUCAGGCAAGUUUACCAUGUGCGUGCAGAACAGAUUCGGUGGCGAAUCAGUGGAUGUCAUUGUCAGUGUCUACAAGCAUGGUGACAAGAUGCCCGACAUCAAGCCCUCACCUGCACCCAAGAAAAUAUUGCCUCCAACUCAGCCCAUUGUACUCCCUACCCCCAAGGUGACUACCCCCACCCCUGGUCCUGCCAAGACCACAGCUCCAUCCUCAAGUGCCAAAUCAACUGGCCUGAAGUCCCCAACUCCUUCCCGGAGGAAGUAAGCUGUCCUAUUCUGGACAAAAAGAAGCAGCAGAAAACAGAAUAAUGGUCUAUUCAAAGUUACAUUAAAAAGAUGCCAUUUUUCAUCAUUGACAUUGUUUGGGUUUAUAGUAUCUAAAAAAUUGAGUAAAGUAAAUAAAGAACAACAAUGUACAAGAGGAGGGGAGUCAAGUUAGAUUAGAUUCCUUUCCCACCGCCUACAAAAUGAAGUGCUAAACUGUUUGGCAUCUGGCUUACUUCAGCGGUGUGGGUUUCUAAUGGAUUUGGCUGCCUCUGCCUGGAGGUCCCUUGGUGAAAAAUGGCCAGUGUUUUGAUGUUUAUUCUAUUUAUCUCUAUUUUUUAAAAGCUGCACUUUCAGUCAGGUGGUGGAAUCUUGAGGCAUUUGGAUGGAUAGUCCACAGAGUGCUGGGUUUCUGCUACAGCAUUUCAGAUAAACCUCUUCUUCUCUCAUGUCCUCUCCUUUCCUCGUCUCCAUGACCUUCUGCCUGCAUGUGUGUUAUUAAACACGAUGUAGUAAUCAUUU